AUGGCGGACACUAAGAUUGUCGUUGUUGGCGCUGGUCCUGUCGGGUCUUUGGCGGCGCUAUAUGCCGCCAAGAGAGGAUACCAAGUCGAAGUCUAUGAGUUACGGCCGGAUCUUCGCGAUCCCAGCAUCGUGCCGCUCAACUUCACAAAGUCCAUCAACUUGGCUUUGUCCGAGCGAGGGCUUCAUGCUAUGCAGCUGUCUGGUGAACCGAAGCUUGUAGAGCAUGUCAUGUCUGCGACUAUUCCGAUGCGCGGUCGGAUGAUUCACGGACAGUCGCCGGAUGGAAGUCUUUAUGAGCACUCUCAAAGCUACGGCGUAGACGGACAGGCUAUCAACGCGAUUGACCGAGGAGCCCUCAACUCGCGGCUGCUAGACAUCCUGGAAGCCAUGCCCAACGUCAAGCUGUUCUUCAACCACAAGCUCACUGGAGCAGACUUUAAGAAGAACAAGGCUUGGUUUGAGGCCCGCGACAGAGACUACGUUCCCAACGGCCGCCCUAGAGAAAUCGAAAUCACCUUCGAUCUCAUGAUUGGAGCAGACGGCGCACACUCUGCCGUUCGCUAUCACUUGAUGAAGUUUACCAGAAUGGAUUACCAACAAGAGUACAUUGACACCCUCUGGUGCGAGUUCCAUCUGCCCCCUCGUCCCGUGGGUGGGAAUGAGAAAGACCCCAACGCCAAGUUCCGAAUCUCGCCGAACCACUUGCACAUCUGGCCAGGCAAGGACUUUAUGUUCAUUGCCAUUCCCAGCGAGGACGGAUCAUUCACCUGCACCCUCUUCAUCCCCAGCGGUGAGAUUUCGGAGCUGGAGAGGGAUUCUUCCACAGUCCCGGCCUUCUUUGACAAGCACUUCCCCGGAGUUACCGCCUUGAUACCAGGGCCGGACCUCAUCAAGUCGUUUGAGACAAACCCUCAUCUGCCGUUGAUCAGCCUCAAGUGCAAGCCCUAUCACCACGGCUCCUCCGGCGUCAUCAUCGGCGACGCUGCCCACGCCAUGGUGCCCUUCUACGGCCAGGGCAUGAACGCCGGCAUGGAAGACGUCCGCAUUCUCUUUUCCAUCCUCGACAAGCACGUCGACCUCGAAGAGACCAACAACCCCGACGGCGAACUCAUCAACUCCGCCGAGACGUCCGCCUUCCAGCGCUCUCUCGCCCUGGCAGAGUACUCUGCCGUCCGCGCAAAGGACGCUUACGCCAUCAACAACCUAGCCCUGCAAAACUACGUCGAAAUGAGAUCCUCGGUCCUCUCCAGGCGGUACAGGUUGCGCAAGUACCUCGAGGAGUUUAUGAGCGUGCACUUCCCGUCCUUUGGCUGGCAGACCAAGUACUCCCGCGUCAGCUUCGGCAACGAAGGGUACGCAGACGUGGUGCGCAAGAGUGAUCGCCAGGGCCAGAUACUGGUGCAGAGCUUCAUUGCGCUGGUCUCAAGCCCUGUUGUGUUGACGGCUCUUGUAUUGGCGUAUAAGCGUCGUGGAACUCUUGCGUCCUUGGCGAGAGGGCUUUUCGGUUGGAAAUGA